AGGGCCUGGCGCAGUAACAGACCCUCCGAGACGCGCUGUCACUGCUGAUGCUCCGGUGGGGCUGCUUGCUCGGGGCUGUGAACCUGAAAUCCAGCAACCGAAACCCAGUGGUGCAGGAAUUUGAAAGUGUGGAGCUGUCUUGUAUCAUUACGGAUUCACAGACCAGCGACCCCAGGAUUGAGUGGAAGAAAAUUCAAGAUGCACAAACCACAUAUGUGUACUUUGACAACAAAAUUCAGGGAGACUUGGCGGGCCGCGCAGAGCUGCUGGGAAAGACCUCCCUGAAGAUCUGGAACGUGACCCGGACAGACUCAGCUCUUUAUCGCUGUGAGGUGGUUGCUCGGGAUGACCGCAAGGAGAUUGACGAGAUUGUCAUCGAGCUGACGGUGCAAGUGAAGCCAGUGUCCCCCAUGUGCCGGGUGCCCAGGGCUGUACCUGCAGGCAAGGCAGCCACGCUGACCUGCCAGGAGGGCGAGGGGUCCCCACGGCCGCGCUACAGCUGGUACCGUGAUGACGUGCCACUGCCCACGGACUCCAGGGCCAACCCCCGCUUUCGGAAUUCCUCCUUCCUCUUUGACGCAGAGACUGGCACACUGGUCUUCAGCGCCGUCCACAAGGAGGACUCGGGCCGGUACUACUGCAUCGCGUCCAAUGACGCGGGCUCAGCACGCUGUGAGGAGCAGGAGAUGGAAGUCUAUGACCUGAACAUCGGUGGAAUCAUCGGGGGGGUCCUGGUGGUCCUGGCUGUCCUGGCCCUGAUCACGGUGGGGAUCUGCUGUGCGUACAGACGCGGCUACUUCAUCAACAACAAGCAGGACGGGGACAGCUACAAGAGCCCAGGGAGGCCGGACGGAGUGAACUACAUCAGGACGGAUGAGGAGGGCGACUUCAGACACAAGUCCUCGUUCGUCAUCUAGAUGGCCGCCACCAGCGGGGACCUGAGCUGGGAGCAGCCCUGGGGAGGGCACCGUACAGGGCAAGACACUCGCGCAAAAGCUUCUUGUUUUGGCCAAAGUUGACCGCUACUCCUUCCUUACUUUUUAACAAGCCACACAAAUAAAAGUUUUCCUCGAGAUGGGCACAGUCACCCCGAGCAGAGGACAACUCCCACCGGGGGCAGGCGGGCGCUGUGGGCCGGAGAGGCCAGGUGACCUGCCCUCCCACGGUCAUUGGGGCGGCACUGGGGGCUCAGCGGUGGCUGAACCUGUGCGUCUGGAAGGCGCUUCUGGGAGACAGUGCUGCCGGGCUGUGUCCUCUGGGGGCUGUGCCGUGGCCGCGUCCUGUGCCCCUUGGGGAAUCUCUGACAGCAGCUGGUCAGGAAGGGGAACUCUCACCUGUGGGACCCGCUCCUGUAAGGAGGGCUCCAGCAUCAAAAGAAAGCCUCCGUCUUGGGCUGAACCUGAAAUGGUACUGCUGCGACGUCCUGCUUUUCUAUGGGUGUUUAUUUUUACAAAUUUUACAUUCUAAAUUUUUGCUAAAGAUGUAUUUUGAUUAUUGAAAAGAAAAUUUCUAUUUAAACUGUAAAUAUGUUGUCAUACAAUGUUAAAUAACCUAUUUUUUUUAAGAAGUUCUACUUCAGGUAGGAGGCCCCAGCUCCUCAUGCUGAACUGGAAAAUACCAGUGAUUCAGAGUUCUUUAACCCAAGCAGCCUUCUCAGGGGGGCCUGCUGCACGUUUCCCGUCCCCACGCGCAUGCUAGCACUUCCCCAGGGAAACUCACGCCGCCUAUGCGCCAGGCACUGCUGCUCAGAGAGGCUCUGAAAGUCCCAGCUGGGCGGUGCCCACCCUGCCCGCGUCUCCGCGGAGGGGCAGGGGGGCUCCCGGGGUGGCCUUGGAGCUGCCUCUUCCUCACGUUGCUCGAACCACCACUGCUGAAACCCUUACACCUGCGUGCAAACCAUGCUGCACGGGCAGGGUUGGGGCGAACGGGACACUGGGUCCUGACUGAGGCCAGCCCUGGCCACCUCUGAUCCCGACAGUGGCCUGGCCUGUGGACCAGCUAUAAGGGGGCUGUUCCUGUGCCACAUGGUUCAACCCAGGACAGUGCCAAGGGGCUUGGGGGGGGGGCGCCUCUGUGUGGCCCCAGCCUGGGCCCCCAGAGUUCUCGGUGAAACAAAGCAGCCUGUCUGGCGCUAAAUUCACUUUGCUCACUUGUGUGGUUUCUGAGACUGGAGCCAGAGGUAGUUUGGGAAUCAAAUCUGAAUAAAGACAGUGAACCCACUGUCCCUCUGCGGGGAGGACGGCACGCAGACCACCCCCCUCCCAGCCGCCCUAGGCGGUGGUGCGGACACCAGUGCCCGAGUCAGGCCCUUCCUGACCUGAGUAAAGUUCUCACCCGCCCGAGACACGGUGGCCCACCCCGCAGGUGCCAAGGCCUGGCUCCCUGACACACACUCAGGCCUGGGGGCCCUGUGGAGCAGGGACCUUCUCAGAGGGCUGCACCCCGCCCACUGUGUGCUGAAGGAGGGUUUUUAUGUAGAACGUAGUCAUCCUGGGAUUAAACUCUCAGUGUCUUAAUUUUUUAUACUUUUUAAAAAUUGAAUACUUGAGACUUACGCUGACCUUUCUCUUUUGAGCUGUGUGAACCCUUGCCAUGGGUGUUAGCAGAGGCGUGAGCAGCCCUCCACAGUGCUGGGGGCGCCCGCUUCCUCGGCCUUCGUGUCUCGACAGCAUAGACAUCAGGCUGUCCCUCCACCCUUGCCUCCUCUUGGUGGGGGGGGUAGCACCCCCAUCCUGGUUGUUACAAUGAUGGGGUGGCCUUGACACCCUAAAACCAUCCCUGUAGCCACAUGACCUGGGUCUGAGAGAGGAGAGUGGGGUCUGGGAAGUUGCUGCCUGUCUCAUAAACGCGUGGACGAAAAAGAUGGAAACGCCGCUGGAGGCGCGAGGCCACGCCGGGCUGCGUGGCCUUUGUGUGGCGACAGCUGUACGUAGUGAUGCAGACUUGUGAUGACUAACACGCCUGUACGUUGGUAUUUUUAAACCUCAUUUAUAAAAGCUUCUAAAAACCA